GUGAGGAACGACAGGAACAAGAAGAAGAAGGAGGAGAAGAAGCCAGAGUGUUCGGAGAUCUACGUGCUGAGUACCGAGACAGAGCAGAUGAUCGAACGCGUCCGCAAGGCCCAUAAGGAGACGUUUCCCUCGCUCUGUCAGCUGGGCAAAUACACCACGGUGAAUUAUACACACACACGCAUGCACGCACACACACACACACUGACAAGUUACACAAACACGCACACAAACAUUACCCUCACUCUGCCAACAUGUUUGGGUAUACCAAACACUGACAAACAUACGCACUCCUUGCGCUCUCAACAUAUCAACCGAUGUAUUUGUAGAAUCACAGACUAACCUAUAUGUAUCUCCCUCUCUCUUCCUAUAGAAUAACAGUGCAGAGCACCGCGUGGCUCUAGACGUGAACCUGUGGGAUAAGUUCAGUGAGCUGUCCACUAAGUGUAUCAUCAAGACGGUGGAGUUUGCCAAGCAUCUGCCAGGCUUCACCACCCUCACUAUCGCUGACCAGAUCACCCUGCUCAAGGCUGCCUGUCUGGACAUACUGGUGAGAACACACACACACUAGGACAUAGACACACACACACACUAGGACAUACAUACAUGUAUUAUAAACAGUAAAACAUCUACAGAAAGUGAACAACAGUAUAAAAUAUAUUUGUGCUCCCCCUCCCUUUCCAAUCAACUCAGUGGCCUUGUGGUUAGUGUCCGUCCUGAGAUUGGAAGGUUGGGAGUUCGAUCCCCGGUCCGAGUCCUAAACAAAAAAAUGGGACCCAAUGCGUCUCUGCUUGGCACUCAGCAUUAAGGAGAUAGAUUGGGGGUAAGGCCCUGUGAUAGACUAGCAUCCUGUCUUGGGGGUUUACUUGUCCAUCAAGCUGCCUCACGCUACAGAAACAGGAGAUCUGCUUCGAUGAGCCAUUUCGGCUCGCCCCACCCAAAGCUCAUGCAAGACUUACUUACUUCCUUCCUCCUUUUCCCCCUCUCCCUCCUUCCCUCCUUCCCUCUCUCUACCUCUCAAUCCCUCCAUCUCAGAUUCUGAGGAUAUGCACACGGUACACUCCAGACCAGGACACCAUGACCUUCUCAGACGGGCUGACCCUGAACAGGACCCAGAUGCACAACGCAGGCUUCGGCCCGCUCACAGACCUGGUGUUCGCCUUCGCCCAAACACUCCUCCCUCUGGAGAUGGACGACGCAGAGACCGGCCUUCUCAGCGGCAUCUGUCUGCUUUGUGGAGGUACUGCACCACUGCUCAGAUUCAAAUCCAGCAUUGCACUCCUAUCAGAGCCAGGAGUUGAGAUCCCAAGAGGCCAAUUGUCAUUGUUUUAGAGUACAAGCAAGUCUCAGCUGUGGCAUAGGAACUAGUGUGUUUGUCAGCUGUGUGUAUUACUAGUGUGAAAAUGGGAGUUUGCCUAAUAAAUACUUCAUGUGAAGCUACUGUUACCAUGCUGCUGUGUGAAUCGUGCCACUGUUGGACGCGCUUUUUGAGCAUAAAGAUUGGGUAUUAAGGAUGUGUUUUUCAUUGUUUUGUGUGUGUGUGCGUGCCUGUGUGUGUGCCUGUGUGUGCGCGACUGUGUGUGUGUGUGUGUGUGUGCCUGUGUGUGUGUGUGUGUGUGUGUGUGUGUGUGUGUGUGUGUGUGUGUGUGUGUGUGUGUGUGUGUGUGUGUGUGUGUGUGUGUGUGUGUGUGUGUAGACCGUCAGGAUCUGGAGCAGGCAGACAAGGUGGAUGUGCUCCAGGAGCCCCUACUGGAGGCUCUGAAGAUCUACGUGAGGAAGAGGAGGCCUCAUAAACCACACAUGUUCCCCAAGAUGCUGAUGAAGAUCACUGACCUCAGGAGCAUCAGCGCCAAGGGUGAGAGAGCACGCCUAUAUACUGCGUUGUUUUUUUUAUAGGGUAGCUUUAGUGUAGCUUAAACUUCUUCCAGUGUGAAGUCAUUGGUAGCUUGGUAAACUGUACCUUCCCCAACACUGAUAUUUGGCGCGCAUGCUGCCCAAAUUGCGGCCUUCCCGACUGUAGACGUACCAGUAACUGCCAAAAUAAAGGAAAUGCUUGAGUAAAUGAGGGAUACAAAGUAUAUGUUAUGGUGUGCAUGUUCCUGGCAGGGUUUAGGUCCACUUGUAGAAUCUAUGCCAAAGUGCAUUGAAGAGGUUUCUGGCAGCUCGUGGUGGCCCAACACCCUUUUAAGACUCUUUAUGUUGGUGUUUCCUUUGUUUUGGCAGUUACCUAUAUGUGAAAGGGAAAGGGGGAUACCUAGUCAGUUGUACAACUGAAUGCAUUCAACUGAAAUGUGUCUUCCGAAUUUAACCCAACCACUCUGCUUGUGACUUAAUCGACAGUACAUUUUUUUGAAACUAUUGAUAAUCUGUGGCUAAAUUAUGCCCUCAUUGAGAGUUGGCUCCUGUGGUUGUAUAUUUGUUUUAGUUUUUUGCCGCUUGGGCCCCCUACGGGCUUGGGCCCAGGGACUUCAGCCCCUGUAAACCCCUGCAUUAAUCCGGCCCUAGUCUCAGUGCAACAAUACUGCCAUUUAUAUCUAUAUCAUGUGUCAUUUAUUUGAAGAUGACUAUUUAGGGUCUUACAUACAACAUUUUGCUGUAGUGGCAGAAUCUUGUGGAACACAUAACAUAUGACCCUCUCUCUCUGCCUCUCUCUUCUUCUCCCUCCCUCUCCUCUUCCAGGAGCGGAGCGAGUGAUCACUCUGAAGAUGGAGAUCCCAGGCUCCAUGCCCCCACUCAUCCAGGAGAUGCUGGAGAACUCAGAGGGUCUGGAGGGCCAGGGGGCCAGCGGGGGCCGCUCCAGCGGAGGAGGGGCCCCACCAGGCAGCUGCAGCCCCAGCCUGUCCCCCAGCUCAGCCCGCAGCAGCCCGCCUGCACCCUCCCCUUAGACGGGGGUCCACUGCCACCCCCCAGGCAGAGACAGCCAGAAGGCAUGACUACAGACGGAGCCAGCAAGCUGACAGACUCCCACACUGUGACAAACCAG